GCUCGAAUCCAACAUGGCGUCUGCUCUUAUUUUGUAGCUGACGAGCCAAGUGAUCGCAUUUGGUGGUGCCGCAUCCAAUUCCAGUGCUUCCUUUUCGACUCACCUCGGCCAUGGCGGACGCGGAAAGGCCCGCGCCGCAGAUAAUCGAAGAGCACGGCGACUUCCCGCGCCAAAUCGUCCUCGAGAAGGAAGAAGAGGUCAUCGGGCGUAGCAGCGAUUGCAGCAUAUGCGUCCGCUCCGUGCUCGUCUCCCGACGCCACGCCAUUUUCAAACGCCUAACGGACUCCAGGCAGUGGUCCGUCUCGGACGCCGGCAGCAUGAACGGUGUGUACGUGAACGGCCAGCGAGUGGACCUGAGCAACCCGCGGGUGUUGGAAAGGGACGAUGUUGUGUCGUUGGGGCCGCCUCAAAGAAGCAAUCUCGUGUUCCGAUACGCGACAUCAGAUCCCCGUCAGGACGCUUUGGCGUUGUUGGGUCACCGUUCGAAAAACCAGCGCGCGUUUCUUGUUUUAAUCGGUAACAGAACCGCAGGCUUCGCUAAAAACACCACCAGUGCCAUCGUCGAACAACCCGUCGCGUCCGCCACGGAGGGUAACUCCCCCAGCAACGAACUCGUCAUCGAUCGGGAAAAUAACAACAGCGGCGUCGCGGACGGACCACACACUUCCGCCGCGAUUCACGGUGGCCGGCACACCGGUUCGUCGAAAAAGAUUCGGCUCUCGCAGGGGGACAGCAACAACGUGGUUCGGCGGGUGGAGACCAUCAUGGAAAACGAACUGACUUGCGUCAUCUGCAGCGAGCUCUUUAUAGACGCUGUCAUGUUGCAGUGCGGCCACACCUUCUGCGCCUACUGCAUCCAGAACUGGCGCAAGCAGCGCAACUGCUGCCCGUUCUGUCAGGUCAAGAUCUCGUCGGUGACCAGGUCGUUCGUGGUGGACAACGUGAUCGAGGAGCUCGUCUGCUUCAAUCCCGAGCUCAAAAAGUUCAGGAAGCAGCUCGUGCGGUCCAGGCUACGUGACGUCACGGGCCGUGGCGAGGAGGACGUGUGUUUGUGAAGUCUGAAACAUGUAGCCCAUAUUAUGUCGGUGCGAUCCACUUUGAUUGCCUUAAUAAGCGGGGUGACUGACAACCGAACCACCUCAAGUCACGAAAGGGUCGUUUACUGAAUCAUUGUUGAACAAAAGCUGCCACUGAAAGCGAAGCAUGUUUUUUAUUGGCCCCGGUUGGUCACAGAAUACAAUUACUGAGAGCUUUAGAACGAGCUUCAGGCAUGCCCGUGCAGUGAAGGCAUCUGGAAGAACAAUGAGCUUACACAAACCAGGGCAAUUUUGUAAACUUUCCAGUUGUUCUAAAGGUGUUGGCGGCUUUUGCAAACCAGGAGCUAACUCGUGUCUCUAUACUCGGCGUCAACUAUUUUAAGCUACAUUGUCAAGGCUAGAGUAGCUUUUACAAUGCUCCCAACGCGUCACUUUCGCACGAGAGCGAGUGCAAAUAAUGCGCAAGGCAAAGCCAUGUGCUUUUGCAGCUCUGCGGCCCUGCAGCACUGAGGAGUUCACACUAGCCUGGACAACGUAGCACGGAAUAGUCGACGCCGAGUAUAGUGCCUCGACCGUUGAACAGUGACUUUGCACAGUAAAUCUUCCAAUCCUAGGCUAGCCUAUCCAGGAACGAAAACCUCUAUAAAUGUUAGAGUCUGGUAACACGUUGCCAGCAAACAUGAAACAUGGGCUGUGUGUUUAUACGAACGCCGCUUUGCUCGAGACUGUCUCCGCUCUCAGCAAAUAUUCUUUCGCAUUAUGUGUUUUUUUUCCCUAUAGUUUCGAGUGUUAGCUUGCUGUGGGUACCUGCAGAGUUUCCCUUUAAAGUUGUGUUUUCCUCCCCCACCUUCUCAAGCCGAACUUCCACAGCAUGCUUUACAAGAAGAAUAAAAAGUGAAAGGGUUUGUCCUCUCGUA